CUCUCGGUCCUGCCCCCUCCCGCUGCUCCGCGGCGUAGCCCGCACGGUGAGCCCGGCCGGGGUCCGGGGGUCCGCGGUCAGCCCCGGAGGACAGGGUGGGGUCGCCCCAAACAGGAGCGCCGGGAGCGCUGGAACCCCGCGCUCGGCGGCCGCCGCCGCCGGGUGGCCGGGCAUUGGAGGUCCCGGAUGAGGCGACAAUUUUUCCGGCCCCCCUCCCAGUCCCGCCCCACUUCCGGGGCCGCCACUUUCACUUUCUCUUCCGCCGAAGCCGCUCGGCUUGCGAAGAACUGGGGCCUCCUGGGAGGAGAGAGGGCUUUGCGUUGAAACCCAGGACGCCAGGAGUGCUCCCGCAAGUGGGGGUCCUCCGGGACUUGGAACGCCCCGGCUGGGCGGUGUCCGGGCGUCCUUUCCCCGCUUCUCCCCACCUCGGCUGGUCCCGUUUCCUCUUGCGCCCAGUGCGGACUUGUCUCGACGCCCGCUGCCCUCUCACCGCCCCACUCGGGAUUCCGGCCUGGUCACCAGGCAGUGUGAUGCUUCCCGAUUGCCGCGGGGACAGCGAGGCACAGACAGAACUUGGGCCGCGCCGGAGGCCACACGGCCUGGCUGAGUUGCUCCUGGUCUCCCGCCUCCCCCAGGCGACCCGGAGGUAGCAUUUCCCAGGAGGCACGGUCCCCCGCAGGGGGAUGGGCGCAGCCACGCCAGAUGGACGAGAAGACCAAGAAAGCAGAGGAAAUGGCCCUGAGCCUCACCCGAGCAGUGGCGGGCGGGGAUGAACAGGUGGCAAUGAAGUGUGCCAUCUGGCUGGCAGAGCAACGGGUGCCCCUGAGUGUGCAACUGAAGCCUGAGGUCUCCCCAACGCAGGACAUCAGGCUGUGGGUGAGCGUGGAGGAUGCUCAGAUGCACACUGUCACCAUCUGGCUCACAGUGCGCCCUGAUAUGACAGUGGCAUCCCUCAAAGACAUGGUUUUUCUGGACUAUGGCUUCCCACCAGUCUUGCAGCAGUGGGUGAUUGGGCAGCGGCUGGCACGAGACCAAGAGACCCUGCACUCCCAUGGGGUGCGGCAGAAUGGGGACAGUGCCUACCUCUAUCUGCUAUCAGCCCGCAACACCUCCCUCAACCCUCAGGAGCUGCAGCGGGAGCGGCAGCUGCGGAUGCUGGAAGAUCUGGGCUUCAAGGACCUCACGCUGCAGCCACGGGGCCCUCUGGAACCAGGUCCCCCAAAGCCCAGGGUCCCCCAGGAACCCGGACGGGGGCAGCCAGAUGCAGUGCCCGAGCCCCCACCGGUGGGCUGGCAGUGCCCCGGGUGCACCUUCAUCAACAAGCCCACGCGGCCUGGCUGUGAGAUGUGCUGCCGGGCACGCCCCGAGGCCUACCAGGUCCCCGCCUCAUACCAGCCCGACGAAGAGGAGCGAGCGCGCCUGGCGGGCGAGGAGGAGGCGCUGCGUCAGUACCAGCAGCGGAAGCAGCAGCAGCAGGAGGGGAACUACCUGCAGCACGUCCAGCUGGACCAGAGGAGCCUGGUGCUGAACACCGAGCCCGCCGAGUGCCCCGUGUGCUACUCGGUGCUGGCGCCCGGCGAGGCCGUGGUGCUGCGUGAGUGUCUGCACACCUUCUGCAGGGAGUGCCUGCAGGGCACCAUCCGCAACAGCCAGGAGGCAGAGGUCUCCUGCCCCUUCAUUGACAACACCUACUCGUGCUCGGGCAAGCUGCUGGAGAGGGAGAUCAAGGCGCUCCUGACCCCUGAGGAUUACCAGCGAUUUCUAGACCUGGGCAUCUCCAUUGCUGAAAACCGCAGUGCCUUCAGCUACCAUUGCAAGACCCCAGAUUGCAAGGGAUGGUGCUUCUUUGAGGAUGAUGUCAACGAGUUCACCUGCCCUGUGUGUUUCCAUGUCAACUGCCUGCUCUGCAAGGCCAUCCACGAGCAGAUGAACUGCAAGGAGUAUCAGGAGGACCUGGCCCUGCGGGCUCAGAAUGAUGUGGCUGCCCGGCAGACGACAGAGAUGCUGAAGGCCAGCGCCUGUCCCGCUCCAGGUGAUGCUGCAGCAGGGCGAAGCCAUGCGCUGCCCCCAGUGCCAGAUCGUGGUACAGAAGAAGGACGGCUGCGACUGGAUCCGCUGCACCGUCUGCCACACCGAGAUCUGCUGGGUCACCAAGGGCCCACGCUGGGGCCCCGGGGGCCCAGGAGACACCAGCGGGGGCUGCCGCUGCAGGGUGAAUGGGAUUCCUUGCCACCCAAGCUGUCAGAACUGCCACUGAGCAAAUGCAGGCAUCCAGGGUUGGCAGGUUGAUAGUUCAAGAAGGAACCAAGCUGCUGCAGUUGAGGGGUGAGGUCCAUCCUAAUUUUCACAUCUCAAGCAAGACGGCAAAGUAUCGAUUCAGCAGUAUUGGUUAGCACCCACUCAGUGCUGGUCAGAGGUGACUAAGACAUGGUCCUGGGAUGCUCAUUCUGUAAGUUUUUCCUCCAUUCUGUGACCCACCCUCCUUCCCCUUUUGAGAUCUGGUAUUUAUUGUCCACGCUGUGAUGUGACCAUCAUCAUAGCAGGUGCAGGGCGCCUCUUCUGCUGAAGGCCUGUGGUUUUGUGGGGAAGGGCCUGUUCUGGCCUCUGGAAAGGCACUGCCACCUGCUGUUGGAUGCCAAGACUCAAGAGCUGGCCCCAGUCACUGUGCACAGAGCUGUCCGAGAAUGUGUGAGUGGACUGGGUCCUGCCGGCACUACCUGCAUUGGCUCAGGGCAGUCGACCAUCGCAGAGGAUGAGGGGCGCACUCAGGCAGCCUUCCCGGCCCUGGAGGCAGAAAGGCCCAGGCAGAACCACCGACUGGGAGGAAACAGAAAAAGCAGAGGAGAGCCAGGCUGCAGGCGCGUGGAUGGGACCCACUUGGGCAGAUGCUGUCUCAUACCCACUCUCCCCUCUCUUGCCAGGGCCUGGCCUAGUGUCUCUCAGGAGCCUGGGCACCAGACAAAAGCAGAGAUUGUUCUCUUGUGGUGCCGUCGGCUGUAAUCAGUCCACCUAAUGUUUUAGAAAUUUAAAUUGGUUGCCAAUCUUUUUAAAUUGGCAACAUCUUUUACUACAUUAAAAUCUCGAUGCCCGGCUUCUCUUGAAAA